UGUUUCACUCGUUCAUUCGUUAGUCAUUGUGCUGAAUUCAAGCUCAUUGCAACAAAACGAACGCAUAACGAAGAAAUAAAUAAACAAAUAUUUAUAAAUUUCUUUUAAAUUCACUUAUUUAAUAAAAAUGUGGUGAACAGUAUAAAUAUUCAAAACUGAGUUUAUUUUAUUUAUUAAGACUUAAAAAAAAACGAAAUCAUGGAAAGUGACAAUCGAGGUUCGAGAUACCAAACUUUUGGUGUAAACGCAAAUAAUAUUUCAAGUGAUUCAAUUGACUGUGGUAUUACAAAAUUGGGCUGGUGUCGUGGUGCAAAGUGCCAAGAAUUUGCUUCAUUGAAAUGGUUUGUUAUCAUUUUGUCCAUAGCUGGGUUGCUUCAAGGGGCUGUGAUAUCUUAUUUUCGGAUAUCAGCCAAACAAGUAGCGAUCGCAUAUGGAUAUGACUCAUUAAUCGUUGAAUGGCUCCUAGUCAGCAAUGGUCUAUUCCAAGCAGUUUGUGCACUUCUAUUUGCUCACAUGGCACACAAAUAUCAUCCGAUAAGCUGGUUAGGAGGAUUCACUAUGAUUCAAGGUGUGAUCUGUGUAGUGGCAAUUAUUCCAGCCAUUCUAACCGACCAAUCUGAGAUGAUCGUUCCUUCAAAAACUGAAGAUGCUCUCUGCACUUCUACCCUACCUCCCAUUGAAUUAAGUGCACUCACUUUAGAUCCAGAUCAAAGUCGAUUAGGUACCCUGGUACUCUUAUUUGUUCUGCAAUUCUUCAUUGGAAUGGGUACCUUGGCGUUUUUCGUCAUUGGAAUAACCUACAUCGAUGAUAAUUCCCAAUCGAUUGAUAGUCCAGCAGCAAUAGGAGCUGCCUUAUGUGCAAGCAUUACUGGAAUCCAAGUUGGUUAUUUUAUAACAAUGGUUGUGACAGUUAUUUCUGCCAGCUGGUGGUUGGGUUGGGCUAUUUUGGGGCCAUUGGUGUUUGUGCUCGGCAUUCUACUUGGACUCUUUCCACGUCGCUUGGUGAAGACAGUUGUGCAUCAUACUGCACAACGUAUCAUCGAAGAAACUGGUCAGAGAGAAUUCGGAAGUCGAAUGUCGGCGUUUGUCGAUGAUACUGGAUAUUGGGCGUCACUGAAGCGAUUGACACGAAACAAAUUGCUCCUAUGCAAUACCCUUAGCUUGACUUUCAUUCUCGGAGGAGUUCUCAACUAUUUCGAUCAGUCGGAGAAAUAUAUAUCGUCGAGGUUCUUCAUUCCGUUUAGUGAAGAAAACGGUCUUAUGGACGAGUGGAACUUGAUGUUCGUUUCGUAUUUUUUGAUGCCUCCAGUCGCUGGAAUCGCAGUAUUAGUUUCAGGAUUAGUUAUUUCUAAGCUGAAGCUAUCAGCUAGAGCAAUAACAGCGAAGAACAUUAUCUUUGGAAUCUUCUUAGUUGGAAUCUUUGCUUCGAUGAUUUAUGUAAGAUGCGAUGUAGGACCGAUUGCUGGCUUCUCAAAGGGCAAACUUGCACAGCCAUAUUGUUCGAAGCAGUGUAUCUGCUCACCAAACACCUUUUUACCAGUUUGUCCAGAAAACAGCACCGUCACUUAUUUCUCGCCAUGUUAUGCUGGAUGUGAGAGGCAGUCUUUUAUAAAUCAAAUUGCACUGUAUGAAGGCUGCACAUGUGGAAUGGACACAGAAACAGGUUGGACCCAGAUGAGAGCUACAGCUGGAGCUUGUAAUCGCAAUAACUGCAAUCGAAUGUGGAUUCUAUUUCAAGUUUCCAGCAUAAGUAUGGCAUCACUGUUGGCCACAACUGUUGUUGGAAAAUUUCUUAUAAGUUUAAGAAGUGUUUUGCCACAGGACAAGGCAUUGGCAUUGGCACUGAAAGUGCUCUUUGUGGGACUGUUUGCAUUUGUUCCCGGAAAAUUGGGAUAUGAUUUUAUUUCAAGUAAAACUUGUAUUUAUUGGUCUCAAAACUACUCCCAGUGUUUGCUUCGAGAAACCCCUUUGCACGGAGACAUCCUCAACAUAUCAACCGCUAGUCUUAUUUUACUCGGCGUUCUCCUUGACAUCCUUGUAUUCAUCUUUGCCAAAAAUUUAAACGUCUACAAUUGCAAAGUCACUGAUCCUGAUUAUAACCCCGUCCCGACCAAUGAUGUCGCAACCUUAAGUGUACCUUCUUCACCAUUGUAUUCCCCAGUUCCAAAUGAAGUUCUUCAAACACAGCCCUUAAGACAACUUCGACCAGCACCAAAACCAUUUGUUUUUCGAUCUCCAAGUAAUGCCACAGAAUCAUCGGUAGAUACAACAAAUCAACCAUCAUCGGUGAAUGGCAUUACCUAUGCCAAGGUAGCAUUUCCACAGAGAAGCAUAUCACCAACAAGUGAGAAUGAAAACUUAGACUUUAGAAUGCUACCGGUGCGUAGUGAUGUUCCACAACAUCAUGUAUCCCAACAGGACUUGAGAGCUCAGUUAGGAACUUUGAAAUCAUUCAGUCCGGAUAAGGGAAACAAGUCCGCAAUGAGUAAAUCGCAAUCGGGAAUAAAUGACAUUCGACCUAAGAGUCCCGAAACUGAUUUUUAGCUUUUCAAUUUUGAAUUGACAGAUUUCGUUGUGAACUCACCCUUAAACCAUUAACCAAGCUGUCACCGUCGAAACUUUUUCUUAACGUUACAAUAAAUAGAGAUCGCUUCAGAGACAUGAAAAACUAGUGCACUGCAAAGUACGCAAGGUUUUGAAAAUUAAAUAAAAAACAUAGUUCUAGUAGUUUUGCGAAUUUUGUUUUAUUAUUGGUAUCACGUAUAGUACUUAAUUUUAUUUUUUAAAUCUUUUCACUGAGAUUUAUUUAAUUUUUUUUCUCAAGAAAAAUGUAUUUGAUUUUUUUAUUUAUAAUAUAAUAGUGAGUUUUAUUUUUAUUUCAUAAUAAUUUAUGUAUUUUCAAUAAACUUUUUACACGGUAAGAAUUAUUUAUUUUUUGUGUUGUAUUCAUAAUGAAAUAUUUUUGUCUUUUUAAACAACAAUGUCAAACCAGCCAUAAAAAGGAGUUCUUAUUUCUGAUUAAUUUAUCUAUUUUUUUUAAAAAUCUUUACAAUUGAGAAGAUUUAUGUAGUUUAUUUUUGCAUCGAAAAAUAUACAUUUUGUUUUGUUUUAU